CUCAGAAUCAUUCUUGGCUCUGGUGAGGCCUCUGAGCUCCUUACGGCGAGGAAGAGGACAGGACAAGCUUACCCCAGGGCCACCCUGAGCCAUGUCCAACGACCCACCGCCGCCCUACCCGGGAGGGCCCUCGGCGCCGCUGAUCGAGGAGAAGCAUGGUCCCCCCCCUGCCACAGAUGGUGUUGCCCCUGUUGUGGGACAGCCCCAGGGGGUUCCCAUUCCCCCUCCUGAAUUUGGGCCACCCCCCUAUGAGCCACCCUCACAGCCUGGGUUUGUGCCCCCACACAUGCCCACAGACAGCUCUGCACCCUAUGUGCCACCUGGUUAUUACCCACCUCCAGGCCCUCAUCCCCCCAUGGGCUACUACCCUCCCCCAGGCCACUACCCCUCUCCUGGCGGCCACACAGCGACCGUGCUUGUCCCAUCCGGUGCUGCCACCACAGUGACAGUGCUGCAGGGAGAGAUCUUCCAGGGUGCCCCUGUGCAGACAGUGUGUCCCCACUGCCAGCAAGCCAUCACCACCAAGAUCACCUACGAGAUCGGGCUCAUGAGCUUCCUUCUUGGCUUCUUCUGCUGCUUUGUGGGGUGUGACCUCUGCUGCUGCCUGAUCCCCUGCCUCUUUGAUGACUUCAAGGACGUGACACACACCUGUCCCAACUGCAAGGCCUACAUCUACACCUACAAGCGCAUGUGCUAACGGAGCCCUGGCACCAGCCCCCGCUGCUGCCCUCCCGCUCUGCCUCCGCCGCCCCCUUCGCUUACCCUGCGGCAGUGUCCCUCUGUCCGUGCCCCCA